AAUAGGCUACAACACCGAUUUUCCGGCGACUAGCGAUGGACGAAUGCGAGUGGGGAAGUCACGUGAUCUACUCAAUCAUGUGACUCCGCAUUCUGGCAGUCUUGUUGACACCUUGGUUGGGACUGGGACUCCCCAAAUCACGCUGUGUUUUUUCUAGUGUUCGUUCGUGUUGACAAAUUGUGUGAUAAACGGACAUUGAAAUCUGUUUUGUAACUUGUGAUCAUAAUCAUCACUGUCAACGUCAGCAUUGCACUCUUUAGUUCGGAUCGAUGUGCUUUCAAGUUUGACGUGUGCUGUGUCAUGUGGCUUGCCUGCUAGUGCUAUUCUAGUGCUGUUUCAUGUCUUCUUAUUCCUCUCUGUUUCAUCUUAAUGUGAGUUUCAGAAUGCACCAAUCUGCCUUGAUCAUUACAUUAUGCCUGAUCCUAAGUCAGCAGGCAUCAGCGAGACCAGUCCAGCUCCAUCAUGAUCAUACCGGUUCGUACCGGUUCCAAAGUCUCCAGUUGCCCUUUAUUGGUGGGCUAGAGUGCGAGUCCUGUAAAGUGAUCAUGGAUAUCGUUGAUCGACUGCUGGCCCAAAACAGUACGGAAGACGACAUAUUGGACGUCUUGGUGGAAUUUUGUAAACUGGGUAAAGUUGAAACACCACGAGUUUGUGAAUAUAUCGCAAGAGAAUUCAAGGAUGAAUUAUUUGGAGUUUUAAUUGGCCACUAUGCUUCACCUGACGACAUCUGUGGAUCCAUUCUUGGUGCAUCUUGUGCAAAACCCUAUGACCCGGACACACCCUGGAAUGUCACAUUUCCCAAAACGCCCAAGCCUCCCGUUUCAAUUCCAUCUCCGCCAAAGGCAGGUGCUCCAAAAUUGACAAUUCUGCACCUGAGCGACCUGCAUUGGGACAGGAUGUACCAGGAAGGCGCUGAGGUAGAAUGUGGGGAACCACUCUGCUGUCGUUCCAAUGACGGGAAACCAGCCAAGGGCAAGCCAGCUGCAGGAAAAUGGGGUGACUACAGAGGUUGUGAUACACCAACAAGGGUCUUUGAAAACUUGCUCCAAUAUGUUGCUAAAGAACACAAGAUUGAUUUUGUCUACCUCACUGGUGAUCUACCAGCCCACGACGUGUGGAACCAGACACGCUACGACCAAACCAGCAUUGUUUAUCAAACAACAACUGUCUUACAGAAGUAUCUGCCUGGUAUUCCUGUCUACCCGGCAGUGGGUAACCAUGAGAGUGCACCUGUAAACAGCUUUCCUCCUCCCUUCAUAACUGGCAAAAACUCCAUCACAUGGCUGUAUCAGGCUAUGGUUGAUGCAUGGAUAACAAAGGCCCAAUGGCUACCAAAGGAUGCCAACUCAACAUUGAUCAAGGGAGGAUACUACAGUAUGCGAUUAUUUGAUGGUCUCAUUUUGGUCUCAGUGAAUAUGAAUAUGUGCAAUAAUCAAAACUGGUGGCUACUGGAGAAUGAAGAUGAUCCAGCUGAGGAGUUGGAGUGGCUGAUUGGAGUCUUACAGAAGGCAGAGGAUAAUCAGGAUCAUGUCCACAUCUUAGGACACAUCCCUCCAGGUAGUGGUGACUGCUUUGUACAAUGGAGCAAGAACUACAAUGAGAUCGUCAACAGGUAUGAAAGCACCAUCAGGGGGCAGUUUUUUGGCCACACUCACAAGGACAGCUUUGAAAUUUUUUACGAACCCAAAACUAAACGUCCAACCAGUAUUCUGUACAAUGGGGGCAGUGUCACCACUUACUCCAAUGUCAAUCCAAACUAUAGAAUCUAUGAAGUCGAUGGCAACUAUAAGAACAGCUCGUGGGCUGUGCUGGAUCACGCAACUUAUGUGAUGAAUCUUACCGAUGCAAACCUUACCGAUAACCCUAAAUGGAAACUGGAAUACACAGCAAAGACUGCUUAUGGAAUGAAAGCUUUACAGGCUGUGGACUGGAAUGAACUAGUGGGAAAGUUUGAAGCCGCAAACAGCACAUUAUUUGACAAGUUUUACACAUAUUACUAUAAGAGCAAUGUACCAGGUCCCUGUGAUGAAAAGUGUAAAACUGGCUUCAUCUGUGAUCUUAAGACGGCUCAGUCUGGAACCCAUGAGUUCUGUUGAUGACUUCAAGAGGUUGAAGUACUCACAUAGCUUACACGUGUCUGUCCUAUUCCAUUUACUUCAGAUCUCACACCUGAGAAUGCCCUAUUGAUUUAGCUAAGUUGAUUUCAACUGGGGUAGGAAUGAAGACCAUCUGAUUUCAGGAUUCAAAUUUUGUUGGGGGGGGGGGAAACUGGAGGGAUGCAGGGACUUCCUAAGUGUAUGAAAUUUAUAGAAUCAGGAAAGGUGUUUUGUCUGCCAAUGAAUAUGUAUUGUUUACUUUGAGGUGUGAUUUAUGUAUAUAUUUUGGUUUGGGAUGUUUGAGCCAUGCUUAGCUUUGAAACUUUAGUGUAUGGUGUCAUGAUUCCAAAGAGAUCAAUUUUUUUGUAAAAGAUUCAGAAAACUUUAAUUUGUUGUUACUUUUUAUGUUAAUGAGAUGCUCAUCAUAUCCCAGGUAUUAACACUGAAAUCUUAAUUGUUAUAUGUUAAUAUAUUACAUGUACGUCUGUCAGUAUAAAACAAUACCCGAAGUGGUUUUCUUUGAUACAGGUAGAAAUUAAUCACUAGUUUUGUAACAAUAGCUUUCGUAAUUCUUUAUUAUUCGCCGACGGUUUCAGCAGUUUAUUAUUUUGUUAUCGGAUGGUUUCUGUUUUUCUGAAAAUACAUGUAAUUUUGAUUGCAAUUUAAACGCACACUCAUGAUGACACAUGACUAUUAUGCAGCUGUUUUUUGUGGAAAACUUAAUGCAAUAAAUGAAGUAACAAUUUUGUAAAAGUGA